AUGAAGCUCACCAGCAUUGUGCUCUUCUUCCUCACAUCCAUCGCCACGACCAGCCUAAUCAGCCAUCAUGUCCGUCCCAACGAUACCAACGCACUGCUUGACUUCCAUAACGACUAUACCGAGUUGGUCCACAUGCACAUCGACGACCUGGCGGACGCCGCACUGAGCAACAUGGAGAUACUGCGGGUAGUCCAGCACUGUGCCCUAUCAUCCGGAACACUCGGCUUGAAGGAUCUCGGCCUCCCCUCUUGCCUCGUAUGGAGUGAGCAGAUGUUUGGCAUGUCUUCGUCCAUCGCUUCUGGGGUGGGAAAGAUGGACGGUCUGGAUGACUUGCUCGACAUCAUGGGCGAGGCGAUCGACUUGGAAAAGCAUACAGGAGAGGUGAUGAAUGCAAUCGAGAAGGUGUUUGGCUUCUAG